AUGCCUUGUAAAUCGAAACCUUCUGUCAGUCUAGGCCUGAGAGGCGCCUGCUCCAUCCCCGAAACGAUGGGAGAAUUAAUGGAUAGGCACGCCACUGCAAGCGUGACAAAGUAUACUCAGACACAUGGAGAUCUUGCCAUGAAGAAGUUUGGCUUUGGAAAGAAAGGCGAUGAUGGCGACGACGCCAACCGCCACGCCCUCUUUGGUCGCAAGAAGUCGUCUCAGUCCAGUUCCUCUGAGAAUCCCUACGCUAAACAAGGCGGAAAAGACCCCUAUGCCGACGAUGCAAAGUAUGCCAACGUAACUCCUUAUCAGCAAGCCCGCGCUGGUCUCAACAACGGCCCUGGCGCUCCUGGCGCCCAGGCUCCGAACUCCUAUGGUGCUCCCGCUCCUGCGCAAGGAGGCCUCAACUCUCAGCCCCAACCUCCGAGCGGAUACGGUGCUGAUCGAUACGGAUCCGGUGGCGGCUAUGGUGGAAAUCGAUAUGGCGACUCUGCUCCUCAGAAUCGAUACAAUAGCCCCGGCCCAGCUGCUGGUGCAAGAGGCCCCGGUGGCUAUGGUGGUUUUGGACCCAGUGAGCCUGACACCAACAGAGACAACUUGUUCGCUGGUGCUCAGGAACGCCAGGCCCAGAAGCAACAACCUGCUAAUAACGGUCCACAAUCAGGAGCCGAUGGCGGUUCGUACGGCGGUUAUGGUGAGGAGCGCGAGUUGACCGCUGAGGAGCAAGAAGAAGCCGAAUAUCAAUCUAUUCUGGCGGAGAAGCGACAGCUUCAGCAGGACAGUGCAUCUUCAGUCAACCGCUCGGUACAAAUGGCUCGACAAGCCAACGAAGUCGGUCGCGCCACUCUGGCUCGCCUGGGAGCCCAGGGGGAGCGAUUGAACAACACAGAAAAGCACCUUGAUCUAGCUGCCAACCAGAACAAGAUUGCUCAAGACCGGGCUGCUGAACUCAAGACACUCAACGGCAGCAUGUUUGCCGUGCAUGUCAGCAACCCUUUUACCUCCAAGCAACGCAAGCAAAGGGCAGACGAGGAGGUCAUGGCACGCCAUCGAUCCGAGCGAGAACAACGAGAAGCCACCCGCCGUGAUGGUUUCCAAGCCAACCAGCGCAUGGAAGGCAACUUCCGAGAUAUGAACACCGUGGGCCGGCCACGACAGCAGCCUCGUAAGAAGGAUUACGGCAAAUUUAACCUUGACGAUGAGGAGGGGGCGGAUGAGCUUGAGGAUCAGAUCGAUGAUGGUAUCACCGAACUUGAGGGCCAAGUGUCCAUGAUGAACAUGGUCGGCAGAGCUAUUGGCAAGGAGGUUGACUCACAGAACAAGCAGAUCGAUCGUAUUAUGAACAAGGCAAGUGGUUUUCUCAAGUUUCAACCAACGAUCAUAUUACUAACUUGA